CUCAAGUCAUUCCGUAUUUGUUUAAAAUAGAUUUAAAUUCAGUAAGCGAAAUCGUCCUUUUAUUUUUCAUUGUAUUUAAUUUGGAUCAUUCCAGUGUGAGGAUAAUAAUUCGAAGGGAACUAAUCAUUUUCAAAUUAUCAAUUAUACUUCUGAAGUUAUAAAGUUUUAAAUUUGCAUAAGCAGCUAUUUUGAUUUUUUUGGGUAUGACCCUUUUGCUUCCAUUAUGGUUUUUAUCAUUAUUUUGAAUUUAUGAAAAAGUUGCUUGACAAAGAUUAUUAAACCGCCCCAUGGGAACCGUAGUAUGUCACCCCUUGGGUCCCAGCGAAUUUACUUCGUCAUGUCGACGUUGUGUGAAUUCUUGUCUGCCGAGCAUCAUCGUAAGGUCACAAGAUGGAUACGAGCUUGCUUCUUCGAGGCUGUCAGCUAGUGAUAGCGCCUACGUUUUGAGUUUACCGGAUGCGAAAGUUGCUGUGACGGAGAAUUAUUUGGAUACGCAAAUACUUAAAGAAGGUGAAGUAAAAGAAGACGUAGAGGUUGACAAUGAAGACGGCGGAGAAGUUGGCGACGAUGCUGAAGCGAAAGAGGGGGCAGAGACGACAAUUUCGCUGGAUGCGGGUACGUUCCUGACAUAA